UCCCGGAGCGAGUCCACCGCCUCAUCCAUGCAUUGGAGUCCCGGGCUCCAGCGCACCGGCUCCAGCCAUGUCGGCCGGGAAUGCAUCGGCUGGUGUCGGUGACAGAGCGGGAGGCGGAGAACCGGCAGAGGACCUGCUGGUCGAGGAAAACCAAAGCUGUGCUAUGUCUCUGUCCAGCUUGAUGUCCGCUUCCUCAGCUGCCGGCAUGUCCUUGAGCAUGGAGAUGCCCCGGAAGCGCAAGGGCAGCAUAGACAACCAGGAUUCAAAAUCUGCUUCCAUCCCUGAUGCAGAUAUGGAAGACGACGAAAACGGGUCGGAUGGAGAUGACCAACACGUCAAAAUGAAAUGUCUCAGGGAGCCACACAGCCAAAUUGAAAAGAGGAGACGGGACAAAAUGAACAUCCUCAUCGACAAACUCUCAGCCAUGAUCCCCACUUGUAACCCGAUGUCUCGCAAACUGGACAAACUCACUGUGCUUAGAAUGGCUGUGCAGCACCUCAAAUCUCUCAAAGGUUCAGCAGGUUCCUUCUCUGAAGCGAACUAUAAGCCAUCAUUCCUUCCUAAUGAGGAGCUCAAGCACCUUGUUCUUAAGGCGGCAGAUGGGUUCCUGUUUGUAGUGGGAUGUGAUCGUGGAAAGAUAGUUUUUGUCUCAGAGUCCGUCACGAAGAUAUUAAAUUAUAGUCGGGCGGAGCUGAUUGGACAGAGCCUGUUUGAUUACAUACACCCUAAGGACAUGGGGAAAGUGAAGGAGCAGCUGUCAGCUACUGAGUUAUACCCUCGUGAACGGCUAAUAGAUGCUAAAACCGGUCUGCAGGUCCAGGCCUACCUCCCAGUCGGCGGCGCACGGUUGUGUUCCGGCGCAAGGCGCUCCUUCUUCUGUCGCAUGAAGUACAACAAGGUGUCUAUCAAAGUGGAGGAGAACGAAUUCCAGGCCAGCUCCUCAAAAAAGAAAGAGUCGCAGAAGUACUGCACAGUCCACUGUACAGGCUACAUGCGCAGCUGGCCCACCAGUCAGCUGGGAGCAGAGGGGGAGGGCGAGGCGGACAAGCAGGACAGCUCCCACUUCAGCUGCCUGGUGGCAGUGGGACGCAUCCACUCUCACUCAUCUCCCCAGGUUAACGGAGAAGUGAGAGUAAAACCCACAGAGUUCAUCACACGCUACGCCAUGGAUGGCAAAUUCACCUUUGUCGAUCAAAGAGCUACGACCUUUCUUGGGUAUCUUCCCCAAGAACUGCUUGGGACAUCAUGCUACGAGUACUUCCACCAAGACGACUUACCACAUUUAGCUGAUAGACAUCGAAAAGUGCUGCGGAGUAAAGAGAAAAUCGACACAAACUGUUACAAGUUCAAAACGAAAUGUGGCUCUUUUGUCACUCUGCAAAGUCAGUGGUUUAGUUUUGUAAAUCCCUGGACCAAAGAAGUAGAAUACAUAGUGUCAACUAACACAGUCAUAACUCAAGCCAAUCGGUCGGGAAACAAGUCUGAACAGUCGAGCAAGACUUCUGACGAUGGCAAGAAGUCCCUUCCCAUUAUCCCAGGCAUCUCCGCCACCCCUGGGGGAAUGAUUUAUGCAGGAAGCAUAGGGACGCAGAUUGCCAACGAGCUGCUGGAUUUCAACAGGAUGAACUCAUCCCCUUCCAGUGGAAACGUCAGCCCCUUCAGUUUACAACAGGACAAGUCCCCACCAACUCACAAUCAAACCAGCAACGAUGUGCCAAAUGGAGAGGCAGCCGAUAUGGAGAUAGCAGGAAAGUCCAGCUCCGAGGAUGAGCCCCAGGCAGCUGCUUUCUCUGGAGGAGAGACACUCAUGGGGGAGAAUUCUCAGAUGGAUUUGGACAGUGUAGUUGGACCAGGCCUUAGUAGCCUUAGCAAUGACGAAGCCGCCAUGGCCGUGAUCAUGAGCCUCCUGGAGUCGGACACAAACUUGGGCGAGGCUGUGGACUUUGAAGACAUACGCUGGUCUUUAUAGAAUCUGCUCUUACAGUGUGAAUCUGAGGCACACUGACAAACACUUGGACCAUCAGUUUUUUUGAUGACAAGAACUGCCUGCUUCGUGAUGCCACAUUCGGUUUUUAAAAACCUUUAUUUAUUAGCUACCUUUAUCCACAUAAGCUGUGUAGUCUCCGUGUGGCAUGAGCAGGAUCGACGUCAAUAAGGGAUAUUCUUAUUUCCCCCUUUUCGGGCGGAGGAUUCGCCCCGAGGCCUUGCAGCGCUCCGCCUGCCCUGAGGCGCUGUUUCCUUAAUGCUCUCCUCAUGUCUCCUGUCUGUUGAACUGAGGAGACCUCAGGAGUGUUAAGAACCCACGAUCACAAAUAACAGUGACAAGACGCACAUCAUGACUGCUCCGGAUUCCUGCUUGAGUUUCUCUCCAACAACAUGUGAUCAAAGGUUGGGAGUGACAAAGCAAAAUAAUGCACUGAAUCGACUUCAUGUUUUUUAAAAAGCUUGUAAUUUGAGUUGGUACUGUAUGUUUAAUUAAAAUGCAAGGAAGACAUUGUGACAACGUGGCCCAUCUCUGUGACCCCCCCACCCUCAGGAUUCAAACCGUAGGUAGGCAUUGUAUCACGGAAGACCACACUUCCAUAAACCUCUAACUUUGACAGUCACCCUAAUGAUGUGCUGCUCAGAGAUUUCCUCUUGUCAGUAUCUGAACAUUUUUCCUCGGAAAGGGUCCAAUAACCUCUUUUGUACACUGACUUGAACUUUGCUGUAUAUAUGUUAAUUUGGUAUGAUUGCAAACACCAUGUCUUCAGGCCAUAUCUGUCUUAAAGGGAUAGUUUGCGUUAGAAGAAUAUUUUAAAUUUUACGUGUGCUCACUUUCAGGCUGCCCUGGAUUUGUUUUUGCUUUUAGCUCUAAGCAGUUAACAUCAUUUGACAGAAGCCAUCACCUUCAUGCGUUUGUUGGAGAUAAGCAACUUAUUACCAGUCAUGUUCUCCUUAUGGGUUAACUAGGAGCACAACAGUAUUACUUCAUGCCAAGUGGAACAGCACUUUAGAGGUGCUGGAAUGGAGGUCUGGUAGCAGUGGCUGAACAGAAGGCCCGUUUCAGGUUGAGUCUCAUGGUGGAAGUCAUAACUCAGGGAGCGAUGGAAGCAGAGCCGCCCCAUGCAAUCAGAAAACAACAGUUCAAUGCAAGUGUAGCAGUGUUUUGUCCUUCAGUUUACGCUUCACAUUCUCUCCCGCAUGCUGUGCAUUGGUAUGUGGGGUCGGAGUCCCCAGUCUGUACCUGUUCAUCUGUAACUCUCCUCUCAUACUGAUUGUCUGCUUUGUAAUCUGGCAGCUAAGCCAUAGCUUUAGGUGGGUUUUUGUUUUUUUCCUCAUGUACUUUUAUGCACUGACGGUCUUUCAGAAGACGUGUUUAUGUUUUAUUUGCCCGUCGUGACCCUGCAUUCAUUCAAGGGAUUAUGCUAUGCAGACCGUUCAUUCCAUAAAUUCAAAAUUUUAGGAUACGUCUCUUUAUCUUUCCUCGUUAUUGUCACUCUCGUAUCAUGCAUGACUCAACUUCAGAAGACGCUAGACAUACUGAGGACUUUUGGUGAGAACGUGAAAAUGUGGCGUAUGGUUCCUGUAUCCAUUAAGCUAAUCCAGAGCUCUGUUUGGCCCCUGCUUACGAUUGCACGUCUUUUUUCAACACUCAUAGUCUUCAUGUUACGAGCUAUAUGUUAGUGAUCAUGUGGAAGUGAGAUGGAAAAAUUUGAAUUGACUAAAAUGCCUCAAUUUAUUGUCAGUGGAAAUUGAAAAUAUUGGUUGUUUAUGCCUUGCCGAUGCCAAAAAGUUAUUUUGAGGAUAAACACCAAGUUGUGAAAAUAAACAAAGUCUACACAUUAUAAUAAAGAAAUUAAGAAGAAAAACUACUGAAAGUCGUUCAAUGAGCUCCUUGGGACAUUGUUUAUUUGGGGGCUUAUAGAAAAACAAGACUGUUGUGUAUGUUACACUUAUCGGGUCAGAACCUGUGAUAUGUCAAAUAAGAACUCGAGCUCUGAGGAUAGAAAUGUUGGUUGUGAAUCAUGGAGAAAACUGACUUCUACCUCUAAAUACUUGAAAGUACGAGGAGCCGUUGGAUGGAGCAGCUGAGCUCUUAAGGAGCCUCCCGCCUGUGUCCAAAGUGCCUUUGGACAUUUCUGCUCUGUCAACCAAUGGACCUGUUGCUUCUGGGGAUUGCCUCCCACGUGGCCCCUUCACGGACUUAAAGGAGGGCUGAUUGGAUUCACUCGAUGCAACAUAGCGUACUGUGCACAUCAGGAAUGAAGUGGAAGCUCAUUCACAGAGGAAAUGGGAGCUGUACACAUUGGCUUCAACACUCAACAACACUAACCAAACAACCAGAGCUACGGAGCUGUGCCAUAGACACAGGCUGGUUUUUCUUUUAAGCAAUAUGUAAAUUUUUCUUAUUUUUUGUUCCUCUCGUUCUUCAAUCAUUGCACUAUAAUAUCCCAGAAGGCUCUCACUUCAGCAUUUGACCCUCAGUGAUGAACUUUGCAAAGAGGGUCACACAAAUGUUCCUUCUGUCUCCAUUUGAAAUAAAACACUAUAGACUUUGUAUAUGAGCUAGGGAACCUCCCGAUUUGAUUUCAAACCCUGCUUUGUGUCUAGUUGCAUGCUGUUACUCUAUCAUUUAUUGUUUUGUUUUUUGAAAGUAUUUUUUUUGCACCAUUAGACCUGUUAAGGAACUUAACAACCUUUGGGCUUGUAUCAGGCAGUCUGGGGCUGCUGCCUCCAUUGUAUCACUUCCUGCCAUUUUUAUAAGUUCACUCUUGUUUGAUUCGUGGGCCCAAGAGGAAGCACUUACUGUAUCUGUUUAACUACAUUAUUGCUGCUAUUUAUGCCUGGGCUGUCUUCUCAGGAUGUCAUGUUAAUAAAUAUUAGUUGACUAAACCCUCAA